AUGGACGCGGUAUUGGUAGUGGAAAAAUCGGAAGUCCCGGGCAUCGCUGUGCAAUGUGACCUCCUUUUGCCCAACGGUCAUUUGCAAAGGACCUAUGAAUUCGACAUAGCCGAUGUUGGAAUCCGACGGCGCCUAGUGCGCCGAUUCUACGGCAUAUUAAUCCUACAGAUGGCCUGCACCUUGCCCUGCAUUGAGUUGUUUCUCAAAUAUCCUUUGCCAUACAACUUUGUUAUGCCAUUAUCAAUGGUAUUCACUGUUUUUCUGUAUACGUGUUUCUACGUUUGGAGAGAUUGGAGGAGACAUGGGCCUUUCAACUACUUUGUACUGCUGCUGAGCACAUUGAUUGGAUCCUUCAAUAGGAGCGUAUAUCUACUUAAUUUGGUGGAGACACAUUGGGUAUAUAUUUAUCCAGUCAUUCUCAUUAUUGAAAUCUUGGGUCUAAUGCUGUAUUCCUCCCAGAAGCGUUUUCGGUUUACCCAGAUUCGCGGAAUUUCCAUAAUCAGCCUCAUCUUUGGGCUGUUCCUCCUCCUGGCCUACCGACUGAACCGGAUGAUGGAGGUCUUCUCCGCAAUGGCCUGCACCGUGGAGGCGUGGUACAUAAUCUACGAUACACACUACAUGCUGUGCGGCCGACAUGGCUACAACAUUGGACCAGAGGAGUUCGUCUAUGCAGCAUGCAACAUACACUGCGAUCUGCCAAAGGGAAUGUGGCGACUGAUGAAGAUGCUUUUCUUCAGCAAAAUUGUCGAGGCCGUUCGCAUGUUCCGUGAAUGCUUUAGGACCGAGGUAUGCUGA